CCAAGGCUAUAAAAUAGAUUAUUUUUAGUGUAAUUCCCAUGUUAAUGAAGUGGUUUAAUGUUCCUGAAAAUGUAUGAUUAUAACGGUUCUUCGUAAAAUGUCACUUGAAAGGCCGCGCCAUUCUAAUCAACCGCUCGUUGACUUCCGCCAGUAUAAAAGCGCAAGCCAGCAAUCGCAAUGUCAGUCAAGCUCACGAUCAGCUCAUCCGCAGUCAUGUUGAUAUUUUACGCAGUAGCGCUUUUAACUUUUUCCGCCACAAACUUGGAAGGUACACCGGUUCAAAAUGUCACCACCGCAUUUAUCGAUAAGCAGGGUCUAAUUGAUCUAACGCGUUUCGGUGAACGCAUAUUCGGCCAACCCAACAAGACGGCUGGUGAGAAGCUCUCCAAUCUCGAAGCGGACGCAAUGCUAAAUCCAGAAGAACUCGGUCCCUACCUAGAGGGCGAUCUGCUUAUACCGCGUGGCAAAAAAAUCAUAUACCGCAAUGGUCUUACAGCAUAUAGCGCACGUUGGCCUAGAGGCGUUGUACCCUAUGAGUUAUAUGGGCGUUUUAGUGCGCAAGAAUUGGCGGUGAUUAAUAAUGCCUUCAAGGAGUAUCACAGUAAAACGUGCAUACGCUUCAAACCACGCACCAAUGAGCGCGAUUAUGUUAUAAUAACGGGCGAUAGCACCGGCUGUUGGGCGAGUUUGGGUCGAUUGGGUGGCAAACAGGUUUUGAAUUUGCAGCCUGGUUAUUGCUUCCGUCAGCCUGGCACAUCGAUUCAUGAAUUGAUGCACGUACUUGGCUUCUUACAUGAACACAAUCGACCCGAACGCGAUAGUUAUAUAAGGGUGCUGAGUCAUAAUGUUAAGAAUGGCAAGUUGGUCAACUUUGAGAAGGGUUCUCCGCUGGAGCAAUACAGUUAUGGUGUACCAUAUGAUUAUGCAAGUGUUAUGCAUUACUCGAUGAGAAGUUUCUCGAAGAAUGGCAAGCCAACUAUUGAGGCACUGAAACAAACGAGUGAUUCGAGCUUGAUGGGCCAACGUAACGGUUUCUCCAAAGGUGACAUCACAAAAUUGAAUGCCAUGUACAAAUGCAGAACACAGUAAGGAAUUAAUGUAUUUUCUUUUAUUAAAAUAUCUAUUUAUUAAAUUUCUAUAACUACAAUCGAAAAUUCAAAUAAACGAAUGCAACUCUUCAUAAGUAUACUCGUAUACGUAUGUAUGUACCUACAUAUGUACAUAUACUUUUUAAAAUAUUUUUUUAUAUUACUUAAAUUUUUUGUAAA